UCCAAGCGUCGCCGGAUAGAAGAAGUCUCAGCUGUCAGCGCAGCGCUGUAUCGACCAAGUCACGGAGCCUGUUGAGCGUAAGAGCAUAACAAACAUGUCGACGAAAGUGACAGUUCUCAUUAUCGGAUGUGGCAUUGCUGGUCCUGUCCUUGCCAACUUCCUCAAACGCAAAGGAUAUGACCCAAUCGUUUUCGAGAAAGUUUCAAAGUUGGGCGAUGUAGGAGCCUCUUUGAUGCUGAUGCCGAAUGGACUUAAAGUAUUAAAUUUGGUUGGUGUCGCGGACGAGAUUGAGGAAGCAUCAAUACCAUUGGAAGGUUUCUUGGAUCACACAUCAAAGGGAGAACUUCUAGGGUCCUCUGAUCUACCCAGUUCUUUCAGAUCAAAACAUGGGCUGCCUGCCAUGGGUGUCAAGCGGACCGACCUCAAUCUGAAGCUCAGAGACAUGGUCGCUAAUUUGAAGGUGGAUGUCAGAGAAGGUUGGGAACUUGAAAAUAUUGAAGAGACGGACGAUUCAGUCACUGCUCAUUUCAACGCAGGCAGGUCCGUUACUGGGUCUUUUCUGAUAGGUUGCGAUGGUAUCAAGGCAGCCACCCGAAGGAUUUUGCUACGGAAGGAAGGCCUUAGGGAGGACCAACCGCUUUUCACCGGCCUCACCCAGACCGCGGGCCUUUCCCGUACGCCAGAAACUCUGAAGGAAAAGGCAUGCUUGAGAAACUGGUUUGGAGAGGGAGUACAUAUGAUCGCCUAUCCGGUCUCACCGGAGACUACCUCCUGGGCACUGACGUUACCUGAAGGCGAAGGUAAUGAGGCUGAUUGGGGUCUUUGUUCGCCAGAGGAGACGACUGCAAGGAAAGAAAAGUUGCAUGCAAACGUCAGCUCCUGGACAGAUAGAGCGACUAAAGAACUCAUUCAGGAAGCGACGCGUCUUAUCAAAUUUGGCAUCUUUGACCGCGAAGAAAUGAAAUCGGAUCAGUGGCAUUCGCGAAGAUGUGUCUUGGUGGGAGACGCAGCGCAUCCAACAAGUCCUCAUUUGGGACAGGGUGCAAAUCAAGCACUAGAGGACUGUUUCCACCUGAGCCAUUCUCUGCCAUAUCUAGCGCCAGAAAGCGACACUUAUGAGAUGGACCUCGGAAAACUUGGCCCACAUCUUGUCAGUAUAUUCCAAGCUUACGCGCACAAGCGGCAGCCGAGAACGUCGGCGCUGGUGAAGGGGGCAAGAGCCCAAGGCCAAACAAGAGUCGUCACAACUGGUCCAGAAGACUGUAAAAAGAGGAAUGAGAAGGUCGCUACAGGUUGGAAAGAUGUGGAGACGAUAGCCGCGAAGUCCGACGCUCUCUGCCGCGAGCCUUUUCAGAGUGUACCUUCAUAGAAAUGUGAAAGAUGGCGUGUAUCAUGUAGAUUAGAUGCGUUCGUAAGCAGAUUUACGCUACCACCAUCUUAGCAAGUUCUUCUCCAGAAUUGAGUCCGGCAAUGCGCAGCUGUGACACUGCGAUAAGCAGCACCGGUUGUAUGGCCUGUUCAACGAUUCCACUUGCUUUGUGGCUCCAUAUAUUCGCUAAAGUCCUGAUGUAUGGCCGGCGACCCUGAUCUCCGAGCCUAAGAGCGCCAAUAAGGCAGGAGA